AUGAGAGAGAACUUCCAGGUCACCCUAAGCCACAUCACCCUCGACAGCUACAUUCCCUGCCUGACGGAUCUCUGCAAGGCUCUGUGGGAGGUGAUGCUAAGCUACCACCGCACCAUGCAGUGGCAUGAAGAGCAUGACAAACAGAAGGCCGCACCCUCACAAGACGAUGCAGCAGCAGAGGCUGAUGAGUUAACUGUGGACCGCAGCUACGUGAAGAAGAAGCUGGAGCACGGACUAACGCGGAUCUGGCAGGAUGUCCAGUUAAAGGUGAAGGUGUACAUUCUGGGAACGGACAUGUCUAACUUCAAAUACGAUGAUUUCAUAGUGGUGCUGGAUGUCAUCAGCAGGCUGAUGCAGGUUGGUGAGGAGUUCUGUGGCAGUAAAUCAGAGGUCCUGCAGGAGUCUAUCAAACGCCAGAGUGUAAACUACUUCAGAAACUAUCACAGGGCACGACUGGAAGAGCUCAGGAUGUUCCUGGAGAAUGAGACGUGGGAACUGUGUCCAGUCAAGUCCAACUUCAACAUCGCCCAGCUCCAUGAGUUCAAGUUCAUGGGACAGUGUCGGUCUCCCUCCGUGUCCCCCAGCAGACAGGCUGCGUCCUCAGCUGCUCCGGCCCUGGAGGAGCUCUCCCUUUUCCAGCAGUUUCAUCAGGAAGGGAAUCCCUUUGAGAUGCACAUUGAGCCCAAGGAAGAGGAGACGGAGGAUGUGCUCGCUUCUAACGGGUACGAAUCGGACGAAUUGGAGAAGAGCGUUUAUCAGGACUACGACAGUGACAGCGAUGUCGCCGAUGAGCUCAAGCAAGACUACGUCGAUGAGCAGACAGGCGACGCCCCUCUGAAGAGCGUGUCCCGAGAGACCAUAAGAAGCAAGAAAAAGUCAGAUUACAACCUCAGCAAGGCCUGCGCGCCGAUCCUCACCAACACCACCCUCAACGUCAUCCGGCUUGUUGGAAAAUACAUGCAGAUGAUGAACAUCCUGAAGCCGAUAGCCUUUGACGUCAUCCACUGCGUAUCACAACUCUUUGACUACUACCUUUAUGCUGUAUACACCUUCUUUGGACGCAAUGACAUGCCCGUCCCAAGCCCAUCUCUGCCCACCUAUAGUGGCAGAGAGGCAGUCCCAGCCAGGGUGGUGGGCCCUGCCUGCUUGUAUGAGUCAUCAGGUCUGGGCCUUAUCAGCAGCCGACUGAGAACCACACUGAACCGGAUCCAGGAGAGUCUCAUUGACAUGGAUCCUGUCGGGGAGAACGCAGGAGUCCAUGGUCCGCCAGAGGACAGGAAGGAGAAGGUCCCCGUUCCUCACCUGAGCCAGAUGGUGGUUCUGACGGACAGCGGGACCCUCUAUGGGCUGGCACAGAGGGUGGUGGCCACUGAGUCUCUUGUGUUUUUGGCUGAGCAGUUUGAGUCCCUGCAGUCCCACUUGGACACAAUGAUGCCUGCAGCCAAGAAACCAUUCCUACAACAGUUUUAUUCCCAGACGGUGUCCACCGCCAGCGAACUGCGUAAACCGAUAUACUGGAUAGUGGCAGCCAAGGCUAUAGACUACGAACAAAUGCUGCUCAUGAUGGCCGGAGUUAAAUGGGACAUCAAGGAGAUAAUGUCACAGCACAACAUAUAUGUGGAUGUUCUGCUCAAGGAGUUUGAGCAAUUUAACAAGCGGCUCGGUGAAGUUUCCAGACAUGUGCGCAUUCCUCUGCCUGUGUCCAACGUCCUCUGGGAGCACUGCAUCCGCCUGGCAAACAGGACUCUGGUUGAGGGUACGCUAACGUGAAGAAAUGCAGCAACGAGGGCCGGGCCUUGAUGCAGCUGGACUUUCAGCAGUUCCUGAUGAAGCUGGAGAAACUGACAGACCUGCGGCCCAUCCCCGACAAGGAGUUUGUGGAAACCUACAUCAAGGCCUAUUACCUGACUGAGAAUGACAUGGAGCAGUUUAUCAAAAAUCACAGG